CACAACACAGCACGAGCCGAAAAUGUGGCAGUCCAAGCCAGUCCUGGUCCUCCUCCUGCUCGCCGUCUCCACGGCGGCGACCGUCGGCAAGCCGCUGCUCACGAAGGUCACCAAGGGCGUAACGUCCACCGCGCUCUACACGGCGCCGCUCAGCGCCGGCCGCCCGCUGGUCCUCGACCUCUCCGCUCCGGCCAUCACGACGCCGUGCAGCGGCCAGACGACGACCGUGACACUCUCCGCCAACUCUACCGACGGCAGCAACCCGAUAUCCCCGGUCUCCUUCGCUGCCACCGCGACAUGCGCGGCGGCCCCGUCCGGCGCCGUCGGCGUGGCGGGGCUCGCACGCUCCAGCGCAUCGUUCCCGGCCCAGGUAGCGAGCACGCAGAAGGUGGCCAACUCGUUCGCGCUCUGCCUCCCGAGCAGCGGCGUGGGCGCGGCCAUCUUCGGCGGCGGUCCAUUCUUCCUAGCUCCCCCGGCGGACCGGCCGGCCAUCACGACGCUCCUCUCCGACGGGGUCCCGCUCCGCCAGCCCUUUUCCGGGAACCCCGGCUACUUCGUCUCAGCCACCAACGGCAUCGCCAUCGACGGGACGCGCGUGGCCGUCUCCGGCUCCGGCGCGCUCAUCGUCGGCCUCUCCACCACGAUCCCCUACGCGCAACUCCGCAGCGACGUGUACCGCCCCUUCAUCACGGCCUUCGACCGCGCCAUGGGCUCGAGCGCGAAGGUGGCGGCCGUGGCGCCGUUCGAGCUGUGCUACGACUCGUCCAAGCUGUCGCCGACGCUGUCGGGCUACUCCGUCCCGCAGGUGGACGUGAUGCUGGAGGGCGGGACGAACUUCACGGUGGUGGGCGGCAACUCCAUGGCGCAGGUGAACAGCGGCACGGCGUGCUUCGCGUUCGUGCAGGCCGGAGGCGGCACUGGGGGCGCGACGCCGGCGGUGGUGAUCGGGGGGUUCCAGAUGGAGAACAAGCUGGUGGUGCUCGACAACGACAAGCAGACGCUCAGCUUCACCCCGUACCUCCCAGCCAGGGGGUUCUCCUGCAGCAACUUCAACUUCACCAGGGCGGGCUAGUGAUCGACAAUUCCACAUCGGUGCAUGGUUCCAUGGUGUGCGUGCGUGUAAGAACUUCCAUGAUAGCUCGGAGUGUUGAAAUGAAAUAAAUAAAAUCGGUGGAAUAUUAAUUAA